GCGGGUUGCCGUGGCGACGAGGCCUACACAGAUCGGCGAGGAACGCGGAUCAUGGCCGAGGGCGGGGAGAACGAAGCUAAUGCAAAGUGGCUGGAUGCCCAUUACGAUCCUGUGGCUAAUGUCUUCACCUUCUCCUCCUGUGUGGCCCUAGCAGACCUGCAAGGAGAUGGUGAGAAUAAGCUGAUCAUCGGCGACCUGGGCACGGGUCAGUACAACGCGAAGCUGAAGGUGUACAAGGGAACCAGCAUGGUAUCAGAGCACGCGCUGAUGGACCUGCCGACUGGCGUCAUCGCAUUCCUCAUGGACACCAACGAGCCCAGGACUCCCGCCGUGGCGGUCGCUUCCGGACCGUACAUCUACAUCUACAAGAACCUCCGGCCCUACUUCAAGUUCACCCUGCCCUCCCUGGAGGUCAACUCAGUGGAACAGGAUGUGUGGAACCAGGUCAAGGAGGACAAAAUCGACCCGCUGACCGUCAAAGAGAUGCUGGAGAGCCUCCGGGACAAGGGAGAUGUUCCCCUGUCGGCGAGAUCCCUGAGGUACCUGAUGCUGGAGCCUCACGAGAUGGAGCCCUUCGCCAGUCUUCACAAGCUGCAGCCCAUCAAACGGCAGACCGUGAUUACGUGCAUGGGCACGCUGAACAAGAACAUGGCGGACGAGGACGCGGUGAGCUGCCUGGUGAUCGGCACUGAGAGCAUGGACGUCUGUAUCCUGGAUCCCGAAGCGUUCACCAUCCAGGCCAAGGUGACUCUCCCGAGCGUGCCAGUGUUCCUGGACGUCAGCGGCCAGUUUGACGUCGAGUUCAGGAUCAUCGUCGCCUGUCGGAAUGGAAAUAUCUACAUUGUCCGCAGGGAUUUGAAGCGGCCCCGGCACGGUAUCGAGCUGAACUGCCAACCCGUGGGGCUGGUCAGAGUCAAUAAGAACAUCGUUGUUGGCUGCGGGAAGGAGACCCUGCACUCCUACACUCAGAAGGGCAAGAAGCUUUGGACCGUGUACCUGCCCGCUCCCAUAAUGACGAUGGGUUUGAUGGAUCACAAAUCCAAAGGGUUCCAGGCCGUUUUGGUGGCCCUCGGCAACUCGGAGGUGCAUCUGUACCGCGACAAGAACCUCAUCAAUGUCACCAAAACUCAGGAUGUGGUGACCAGUCUGUGUUUCGGCAAGUACGGACGUGAAGAAGGCACUCUCAUCAUGACCACCAAAGGCGGUGGUUUGAUUGUCAAGAUCCUUAAGAGAACAGCGGUCUUCGAGGACAAGGACACCAGCCCAGGCCCCCCCUUGGCCCAGAGCAUUAAGCUCAACGUGCCGAAGAAAACCAAGCUGUACGUGGAUCAGACGCUGCGAGAGCGGGAGACCGCUGUGGCCAUGCACCGGACCUUCCAAACGGAUCUCUGCCGGCUGCGCCUGACUGCAGCGCGAGCGUACGCCAAGGCCCUCGAGGCGAGCUUGGCACCAAUCUCGGCGGACCAGGCCCAACCACUGAAGCUGAAUGCCACGGUCCAGGGCAUCGGCCCCUCCUUCAAGCUGACCCUGAGUGUGCAGAACAUGUCAGCCGCCCGGCCGGCCAUCGACCUCCUCAUCUGCCUCCUGUACAAUGAGAACCUGUACCGCAUCAAAAGGAGCUUCUUCAAGGUCCCGAUGUUGGUGCCGGGUCUGAUUUACCCCAUUGAUACCUUUGUGCAAUGUCUGAGUGACAGGGGCAUUUCCGACACCAUCAAGGUGUUCGUGCUGCGGGCAGGGAGCUGCUCCCCCCUGCUGACCGCCCAUGUCAACAUGCCGGUCAGCGAGGGGCCUGCCGUGGGCUGAAGUCCGAUCACAGCCUCCGGGCCAGAGGACGGGGGAGUGCAGCCAGCCGUGGAAUUCCCGGAGACGUGGCCCCCGGAAAGCCUGCCCCACUCCGCAGGCUACUGUGCACACCUGCAGUGGGGGGGGGGUAGGGGAACAGGCGGUCCUUCUCCCACCUCCCCACCCCCCCCCGGUGCAAACUCUCUGCUGCUCUCCUUUGGCCCGACUCAGGUAGCCCCAGCUCACUGCCACGGUAGGCUGUUGAGAUCUUUCUGUGCGCGGGUCGGACUUGGAUAGUCUGGGCCCGGAGAGACCGUAGCGUGCUGCGGACAUCUCGCUGGUGGUCUUAGGUGAAGUUAAUUGGCAGUCACCGAGACUUCACUAACCUCUGUGACCCUGCUGGUACCUGCUCCGUAAGACCCUGAGACAUGGGAGCAGAAUUAGGCCAUUCAGCCCAUCGAGUCUGCUCUGCCGUUUGACUGUGAUUGACUUAUUAUCGCUCUCAACCCAACUCUCCUGCCUUCUCCCCGUAACCUUUGACUAAUCAAGAACCCAUCAACCUCCGCUUUAGAUCUCUUGUAUUUUCCCCCCUCCCCACCCCCACCGAUGCCAGUAUCGUAUUCCUCCCCUCUGCUCUGACCAGGACUGUGGCUCGUCCAGGCCUUGACGAUGGAUCAGCCAUUGCUGGUCCUGCCCCAGUAGCUUCAAACUGCUCAGGGUGUAGGCCCCCGACCGUGACCCUGGAACGCACUCUCGGUCACCAGCUGACAGACAAGGGGAGUUGUUGGCUGGGGGCUCAGUCUCCAAGGAUCACCAGGUGAAUGGUUAGGGAACCGGAAUAGCAGCGUGUGACGCACAGUUUGGGAGAGCGGGGAAACCUGUUCCAGUAUUGGACGUUGGGGAGGGUGUGAAUGUGGAACUGAUUGGAAAGGGACAGAGUACAACUUGCACAGGAAGCUACUCCCUUCAACGCACACCAAAUGCUGGCAGAGCUCAGCAGGCCAGGUAGCAUCUGUGGAAUGGAGCAAACGGUCAACACUUUGCGACUGAUGAAGGGUCUCGGCCCGAAACGUCGACUGUUCACUCUUUUCUACAGAUGCUGCCUGACGCGCUGAGCUGCCACAGUGCUUUGUGUGUGGGUGUGUUGCUUUGUAUUUCCAGCAUCUGCAGACUGACUCGUGUUUGUGAAACCACCCCCGUCACUUGAUCAGCAACUCUUGUGUCACCACAAGGCAACGUCAGACAGUUACCACACUGGGUUCUUACGGCUCACUGUGUGACUAGGAGAGGGAGUGCAGUUGUCCCGCAAAUGCAAAGUCUUUCAUCACCACAACACAGAAACCGGCCCUCCGGCCCGUCUAGUCCAUGCUGUUCUGUUAUUCUGCCUAGUCCCAUUGUCCUGCACCUGGACCAUAGACCCCACUCAUACCUCUCCCACCCAUGUACAUAUCCAAACUUUGAAAAUCGCAAUGGAACCCCCGUCCACCAUUUCUGCUGCCAGCUCGUUUCGCACUCGCACCGCCCCCGAGUGAAGUUCUCCUUCGAUAUUUUACCUUUCCCCUGUAACCGCUGACUAGUUCUAAUCUCACCCCACUCCAGUGUGAAAGGCCUGCCUGCAUUAAGCCCUCUUAAGUUUGCAUACCUCUCUCAAAUCUCCCCUCAUUUUCCUACGUUCCAGGGAAUGAAGUCCUGACCGGUUCAACUUCCGCCUACAACUCAGGUCUUCAAGGCCCAGCGACGUCCUUGUAAACCCUCUCUGCACCCUUUCAAUCGUAUUGAUAUCUUUCCUGUAGGUCGGUGACCGGAACUGUACACAAUACACCAAAUUAGGCCUCACCAACAUCUUGUACAACUUCAACAUACUGUCUCAACGUCUUUAGCCAGUGCCCUGAUCUAUGAAGGGCAAUGUGCUGAAAGGUCUCUUUACGACCCUGUCUAGCUCUCAUGCUACUUUCAUGAAAUUAUGGGCCUGUAUUCCCAGAUCCUUCUACCACACUCCUCAGUGCCCUGCUGUUCACUGUGUAAGACCUACCCUGGUUUGUCCCAUCGAAGUGCAACACCUCACACUUGUCUGCAAUAUCCUUUACCUUACACAUAAGGCAAUGGCACUAUUAAAGCUGGUCUUCAACUCCAUGCCUCCCUCUCUUCCCCCUCCAGGUCUAAGGUUGUCGAUGAGCCUCCUCUCUUAAAAGAUUCCGACCCCUCCUGUUUGCUUUGAGUGAGUGUGGGACCUGGGGCUGAGUUUCCUUCUAACACUAGGGCAGAAGUGGACUGUUCAGCCCAGCAGCUUCACACGGCCACUUCCCUCCUCUUUACCAGUUCCUCCACUCCCUGGUGUCCUUAUUCAUGUCUACUUAACAUAUGCAGUGUGUUCUUUAUUAGAAUCCAGUGUGGACUGGUCAGACUGCAUUGUGCUCUGUGUUUAUGUGUUAGAAUCCAGUGUGGGCCAGUCAGACAGCGCUGUGCGUUGAGUUAGAAUCCAGUGUGGGUCAGUCCGACUACACCGUGUUCUGUGUAAGAAUCCAGUCUGAGUCAGUCAGACUGUGCUGUGCUCUGUGUUAGGAUCCAGUGCGGGUCAGUCCGACUACACUGUGCUCUGUGUUCGACUCCAGUGCGCGACAGACGGCGCAGUGCUUUGUGUUAGAAUCCAGUGUGUGGCAGUGAUGUGGCACCGUGCUCUGUAUUUGGUUCCAGUGUGCCCGUUGCACACUGUACUGUGUUCUGUCUAUUGUGAGAAGGGCUUCCCAACGUCGCCCAAGACCAGCAGUCUUUGACUUUGACUUUUUAACUUUCCGUCUCCCUGUCCUCUCUGCUGCUGGUGAAUCAUUCCCAACUCCCUGAACCGAGGGUAGCGGUUAGUAGUAGCAGUUCAGUUCUGCCUUUGUCCUGUAAGGAGUUUGUAUAUUCUCCGCGUGGCAUGUGUGGGGUUCCCGUUUCCUCCCACAUUCCAAAGACAUUCCGGUUGGUAGGUUAAUUGGUGAUUGUAAAUUGUCCCGUGGUUAGGCUAGUGUUAAACCAGUGGAUUGCCCCGUGUUUGGUUCAGGCUUAACCGGGGUUGUGGGGUC